AUGUCUUCUAAAAACAAGCCAGACACUUUAAGCGAAACUGCGUUCUUGCUGCGCCGUAUUCAUGCAUUUAAGGCUUCGCGACCGGCCUGGGCCCAUAUUCAUACUGGCAAUUGGACGCGCAAAAUUCACAACAUUUUUGCGUCUUCCUAUGUUAACGUGCUGCUUGUGUUUGUGCCCUUGGGUAUUCUUGCCUACCAUUUGUCAUGGGGAGCCAAGGCUGUUUUCCUCUUCAACUUUCUGGCCAUCAUUCCACUUGCUGCACUCCUUGGCUACGCGACCGAAGAAAUUUCUGUGCACGUUGGCGAGACUGUUGGUGGUCUUUUGAACGCAACUUUUGGUAACGCUGUAGAGCUCAUUGUGGCCAUUGUUGCUCUUGCUCGUGGUGAAAUCCGCAUUGUCCAAACCUCUAUGCUUGGCUCUAUUUUGUCCAACACACUGUUGGUUCUCGGAUCAUCCUUCAUUGCUGGUGGGUACAACCGAAUUCAGCAAAAGUUUAAUGCAACUGUGGCUCAGACCAUGUCAUCACUCAUGGCUCUUGCUGUGACUUCACUCUUGAUUCCUGCUGCUUUUAACUCGUCUUAUCCUCACCCAAGCAAGCCUGGUAAGAAGGCCAAUCAAGCUGUGCUCAACGUGUCACAUGGCACUGCACUAGUCUUGCUCAUCAUUUACACCUUGUACCUUAUAUUCCAACUUAAGACCCAUGCUCAAUACUUUGAGAGCAUGUCCGAAAACUCUGAUGAUAACGAUGUUUCUGAGCGUGGUGAGACUACUCCUCUUUUGACUUCUGAGAAUGGUACUGUUGUCAAUGGCCAGUCCACUGAUGACCAUGCUGCUCCUUCCUCUUCUACUUUGUCUACUUGGGAGGCUCUUGGACUUCUUGCCAUCAUUACAGUUGUUGUUUCUUACUGUGCUGAUUAUCUUGUUGAUUCUAUUGAUUCGAUUGUUACUGAGACAGGUAUUUCCAAGACUUUUAUUGGUGUUGUUUUGAUCCCCAUUGUUGGUAAUGCUGCUGAACACGUUACUGCCAUUGUGGUUGCAACUAAGGACAAGAUGGAUCUUGCUGUUGGUGUUGCCAUUGGUUCAUCGAUGCAGAUUGCCUUAUUUUUGACUCCAUUCUGUGUGAUUAUUGGUUGGUUCAUCAAUCAGCCCAUGUCUUUACUUUUCACCACCUUUGAGACUUGUGUUCUUUUUGUGUCGGUUCUUAUGCUUAACUACAUUGUUCAGGACGGUGAAUGUAAUUGGCUUGAAGGUUCUAUGUUGGUAGGUACUUACUGUGUAAUUGCCAUUGCUUUCUGGAACUAUCCUUAA